CGCGCAGACGCAGUAGCUCCGGGAGCGCUUCCGGGACGGCGCCGUGGGACUUUUCUGGCGCGAGCGGGGACGGCGGCCGAGAGGGCGCAGCCUGGGCUCCGCGUCCUGGGUCCCAGCGGCGCCAUGCGCUUCAACGAGAAGGAGCUGCAGGCGCUGUCCCGGCAGCCGGCCGAGCUGGCGGCCGAGCUGGGCAUGCGGGGCCUUUGCCCCCAUCGCCGCGUCUGCCCCCAGCCCGUCGGAGCCCUGCUGCUGGAGCACUGCAGAGUCGCCCAGGAAGAGCCCAGCGGCUUCUCCAUCAGCUUCAUCGGGGACCCUGAGCGGAAGUACCACUUUGAGUGCGGCAGCGAGGAGCAGUGUCAGGAGUGGAUAGCCGCCCUGCGCCGAGCCAGCUACGAGUUCAUGCGGAGGAGCCUCAUCUUCUACAGGAACGAGAUCCAGAAGAUGACCGGCAAGGACCCCCUGGAGCAGUUUGGCAUAUCGGAGGAGGCCAGGUUCCAGCUGAGCGGCCUGCAGGCAUGAGUCCGGGCUCAGGCUCCUUGGCUUUCCUACUGAGGCUGGGGCACGCCCUCCUCACCUCGCUGGGCCCCCCCCACCUCGCUGGGCCCCGGGUUUCCUGGCCACACCUGGAUUUGCCGCGGGAGGCGUUUAGGCUUAAAGACUUCAAAAUCUCAAGGCUGGUGGGGGUGGGCAGCAAGUCCUCCUCCCCAUGCCUCGGGACCCACUGGACUGGCCCAGUACCUCUCGGUGCCACAUGCUGCUGCCGGGGACGAGCGUCCACUCCCAGGAGCUGCGCCUGGCCCCUCGGGCACGUGCAUCCAGGGCCUGGCGGGCGCCUGGGGCUGGCACAGCUCUCCUGCCCUGUGCAGGCUGAAUGUACAAAGCUAGACGAUGCUGUGAAGGGCAGGGGGCCCGUGCCUCCUGGGCCACUGUGAAUUCUCCACCUGCUGACGGGGCAGACCCUGGCCGGACGCCUCGGGCCGGCGUGCUCGUUCUGUUCAAAUAAAGGUACCUCUUUUC